AAAAAUUCCAAACGUCAAUGUGCUAGUGUCGCUGCGGAUUUCGAGGUUCGAAUUAAGGUUAGAUUUUAGAUUAUUCGAAAGAUUCCGGCGUGCAUUUUCGCAAGGCGUGUUAAAGAUUUUUCGAAAGAAAAUAAUAAUUUCAUGAAAAGCGAUAAAGAUGAACGCCACGAAGAUGGAAAACGAUCCUGUAGUCAAAGAGAUACCUGUGUUCCUGUCGAAGACUCUGGGGGAUAAACUGUUUCUUGUGCAGUAUCCUGCGUAUGUCACUGAUGGCUACGCCAAUGCUAGCAUCCUGAAAUCCUCUAUCAAGCCUGAAAAUAAGAAGAUCAAUAUGGAGUUUGCGAUAGAUACGUUGAAUGAACAAUCUUAUGAUAACAGCAUGGGGAAACAAUUGGCUCUCAUCGCUGACAAAUCUAAAAAAGACGAAGAUAAAAUAUUUAACAGUGAAUUGAUGGACAAAAUUGUAUUGACUUCGGAACGAACAAUGUCCGAGUGCGCGAAUUUUGCAAUUGGAGUCUUUCAGGAUGAUGAGCUGCAUAUCACACCAUUGAAUGGGAUGCUUCAUAUGAAAUUACAAUGCGAUUACCUAGAUGAGAUCGAAAAGAAAGGCAAAGAUGGAGCAAAAGGUACAGGAGAAGAUGGUGAUAAGGACGAGGACGAAAUGCCAGUACAAGUGACAUUCGCCAAACAUCUGCCAGAUAAUCUGAAAAGAAUGCAAGAACAGUCUUUUCAACAUCACACCAAGAGGAGUCAGGAGGAGCCUUGGAUACACACGAAUUAUAUACCAUUUUAUGAUACGCAAACUGAGUUGACACGGAUGGAGAUGUUUUGUCCAUCAGCAGACGAGUCUGUAAACCUGAAUUUAGUGCCAAAGAAUUAUCUGUCUGUAUUGGUACCUGAGGAAUGUAACUCGCGAGAGUAUGAUAAUCAGACAGAUUUUCACACCAUCACAAACUUGCCUUUGCUGGACCAACUCAGGAUAAUCAUGAGACAUGUUGGUUUCUUCUUUUGCAGUAAAAUUAUAGCCUUCGCAGCGUUAUGCGAGUUUCUAUCGUCGGAACAUGAUCCGAGGACAGUACUGAAAUAUAUGCAGCAAGUGGCUGUGCUGGUGCAGGGUAACUGGGUUGUGAACAGCGAACUGAUCUACCCUAAGGACAGCCUUUCUACGCAAAGUGGUCUCUCCGAGCUCAUGUGCAAAGCUCGCGAUUACGUCUUAUUAUUAUUUACGGAGCACCAGUAUCUCAAGCGCAACGCCGUCUUAUCUUUUAUCAAGCUGCCAUCAGAUGAAAUCAAUCAAAUCUUUAUGGAAAUCGGGACGUACGAGCCGAAGAAGGGUUGGCGAUUGAAACAACCACCUAACUUGAGCUUUUGCAACACAUAUCCCGAUAUUGCCCAACGGCAGGAGAUGGUCUGGGACGCGAAGCGGAAGUCCCUGCGCGAAACGAUGGACACGUACAACCAGCCGCCGCAGCGUCAGCGCCGCAAGUCGAACCGGGAGUCUCUGGGUUCGGAGAAUGAGGAGAGGAAUGUCGGUCGCGGUCGCAAGUCGCUCAGGGACUCGUCUCAGUCGGACAACGACGGCGAGCCGGUUAAGCACAAGAAGGGCGGCCGUUCUAGGAAAGUAUCGGAGACCACCACGUGACCAAGACCGAUGCGUUGAGGUGACUGGAACCUCUUUGCUGUGCUUUUGCAUCGGCGAAUAGCGAAAAUGUCUCUCACGAAGACCGGAAAAUGCCGGAGAGACGACUUCUCCGGAAGACGAAGCUUUAUGUUUCAAGCAAUGACGAUAUUAUGUACGAUUAGUUCAUUGCAUGUAUAAACACACUAGCAUAUAUUACGCUAUAUUUAGCGCGACGUAUGUAUGUAACACGCAGUACAGAUAAACAGUCGACGUAUAUCAUUCUGUUAUAAUGCGCAGCAUGCCUAAAUAUGAAGCAGUGCACUGGGUUCCUGUACAGUGCUUUCUGCCUCUUAUUAUUGAUACAGACACUUCAAUUAAGUAGCAAUUAAUAAUUUAUAUUUUAUAUUUUAUUGGCGAAUAGAAAGUGAGAAAACGAUGGUUGAUUUUUUAUAUUACUUAUAGAAUUAUUAUUGCAAUAUUCAGCAACGAAAUGCAUAUAUAUUUUAUUAUGAUAAUACUAAAUGGAAAGUCAAAUCGAGCGUUUGUUAUUUCUUAAUUCUUAUUGAAAUUAAAUUUGAAUAUCACAGUAACAAUUGUAAUAGCAAUAUAAAAACAACAUCGUUUACUCAACAUGCUAUCCGACGCAUAUUUAUAAUUAUGCCUUUCAAUUGUAUGAUAUGGACACACUUUAUAGAUAGCUAUUUAAUUAUAUAUUGUUGACUGA